UACCUUUAGUUUAUUAAUUAUUCUUUCACAUGAAUAUAAUAUUUUAAGCAAACUAAAGUCGUCAAAGUCAUACAAGAGGAAAAUCACUGAGUCAAUUAAAUGGAGUAUAAAAUAAGUGGAGCGAUGAGAGUUAGUUUCUUAUCACUUUCUUUUGCUGAAAACAAGAAAUCCUUUUAACAUUUAAUUUGGAUGUCAGGAGCAGCACAUAGUAGUUUGAUGAUGCUACUUCUACUGCUCAUGCUCGCCGAUAGCAGCAGCAGUACUGAUGAGUGCAGAGAACCAACUUGUGGACCUAACCAACCGACUAUUCAAUUUCCUUUCCAACUUGUUGAAGAAUCAUCACAAGAUCAAUGUGUUAAUCCUGAGUUUUGUCUAUAUUGUACUCAAAACAAGCAAACCAUGCUUUUACUCCAUACCACUUCCGGGCCAAUUCAGUUCCCUGUUCUUGAAAUUGAUUAUGAAUUCAACUCCAUUUUAAUUUCGGACCCAGACAACUGCUUUCCAGAAAAGUUUCUGAAACUUAAACUUUACAAUUCCUCAUUUCUAUCAUACAAAACUUAUUCAUACUCAAGUACAAUAGUUUUUUUCAAUUGCUCUUCAGUUAAGAAGCGUUACUUGAGAAACCGAGAUUCACAAGAUAUGAUCAAAUGUCCAAUUUACAUUUCUGAAUCCUUCGACAGUGUCCUCGCACUGGACCUUGCAACGUGUAUCAAGAUAUUCGAAUUCAACACGUCGUCGAUCAUGGCAUUUGACAUGACGUUUGAUCGGCUCAGUUUGAGUUGGCCCAAACAAACUUGUACGGAGUGCAAAGCGAAGGGACUGAGAUGCAAAUGGAAGAACAACGGCACCAAAGGCGAAACUGAAUGUGUUGAUUGCAAAAGCAAACGUAAAACAAUUCAAAUUCCAAGAUCUCUUAUAUACACCGCUACAGGUUCAAUUCUUUUUGGGCUGUUUCUCAUUGCACUGUUUAAGAUAUGUCUCUAUUUUAAGAAGAAAGAAGAGGAUCAAAUUAGAGUUGACAAGUUCUUAGAGGAUUACAGAGCACAAAAGCCAGCUAGAUUUUCCUAUGCUGAUAUAAAAAGAAUUACGAACGGAUUUAAGGAAAAACUCGGAGAAGGUGCCCACGGAACUGUGUUUAAAGGAAAACUCUCAACUGAGAUUCUUGUGGCAGUGAAAAUGCUCAAUGGUACUCAAGGAGAAGGAAAAGAAUUCAUCAAUGAAGUAGGAAUUAUGGGCAAAAUCCACCACAUCAACGUAGUCCGUUUGAUUGGCUUUUGCGCUGAUGGAAUCCACCGUGCUCUUGUUUACAAUUUGUUUGCAAAUGGUUCACUACAAAGUUUCAUAUUUGCACCGGAUAACAAAGAUCAUUUCAUGGGAUGGGAGAAGCUGCAACAAAUAGGUCUUGGGAUAGCCAAAGGUAUUGAGUAUCUUCAUCAAGGUUGUAACCAUCCAAUCAUUCACUUUGACAUCAACCCUCACAAUGUUUUACUAGAUGACUCUUUUACUCCAAAGAUUUCGGAUUUUGGUCUCGCAAAAUUAUGUUCCAAGAAUGUUAGUGCCGUGUCCAUGACAGCGGCUAAAGGAACCUUUGGAUACAUGGCGCCUGAAGUUCUGUCAAGAAAUUUUGGAAAUGUGUCUCUAAAAUCAGAUAUUUACAGUUACGGAAUGUUGUUGUUAGAAAUGGUUGGAGGAAGGAAGAAUAUAGAUACGUCAUCUGCGGAAAAUUUCAAUGUGUUGUACCCAGAAUGGAUACACAAUUUAUUGGAAGGAGAUGUACAUAUUGAUAUUGGGAAUGAAGUUGAUUUUAAAAUUGCAAAGAAACUUGCAAUUGUUGGACUUUGGUGCAUUCAAUGGCAACCAAUAAAUCGUCCAUCAAUAAAAGCUGUUGUACAAAUGUUGGAAACAAGCGAUGAUAGCCAGCUAAUUGUACCUCCUAAUCCUUUCCAGUCUACGACCUCAAUGACCACUAAUGAAAAAAGCACUUUGGCGAGAAGAACUUUUCAAAUGGAAAUAAUUCAGGAAUAAAGGAGCACAACCAUUUAUUAAGUCUCUUAUCAUAGAAAAGAACUGAGCAUUUUAAAUUUUAAUUUGUAAAAAUCUUGAAGUUAUGUUUAUUUGCGUAGUAGGCUUAAACAUUAUUGUGUGAAAGAUAAUUUCCAUAUCAAUUUUAUUUUUUCCAAAUUGUCUCACUUCUCUUCC